AUGGGUGCGAAUCCUUCCCACCUGGAAAAGAAAAUCGGCAAAGACCAAUUUCCAUCCAAUGAACAUUACUACGGUCUUGUGAACUUCGGAAACACCUGCUACUGCAAUUCUGUUCUCCAAGCGCUUUUCUUCUGCAAACCAUUUCGCAAUCGAGUUCUCCUUUAUCGCCAACAGAGCAAAGGUCAAAAGAAAGAGACUCUACUCAGCUGCCUAGCCGACCUCUUUUAUGCAGUUACUACAAAAAAGAAGAAGGUUGGUCAAAUCCCACCCAAGAAGUUUGUCCAACGUCUAAAACGAGAAAAUGUUCUCUUUGACAACUACUUACCUCAGGAUGCUCACGAGUUUCUGAACUACCUCCUUAACCAAAUUGCAGAUAUUCUACAGGCGGAAAAUACAAGUGAAGAAACGACGAAGAAAGGAAGUUUGGCAGGAGGGGACGCUGAUAUCAAUAGAGGAGAGAACACACGAACAUGGAUACACGAGAUUUUCCAGGGCACUCUAACAAACGAGACCAGGUGUCUAAAUUGUGAAACUGUCCGCACAAAAGACGAGGAUUUUUUGGAUCUCUCUGUGGACAUUAAACAGUAUACAAGCAUUACAAACUGUUUGCAGUGCUUCUCCAAUACUGAAACCAUUCAAUCUGAGAAUAAAUACUAUUGCGAGGUCUGCCGAUGCAAACAAGAAGCACAGAAAAGAAUGCGAGUGAAACGGCUGCCAGAGCUGUUGGCGCUUCACUUGAAGAGGUUUAAGUACUCUGAGAAUGCCAAUCGGUUUAUUAAACUUUCCUAUUAUGUCCCAUUCCCUCAAGAGCUUCGUCUCUUCAAUACAUCUGACGAUGCGAGCAAUCCGGACCAGCUCUAUGAGCUUAUGGCUGUGGUAGUUCAUUCUGGCUCAGGGCUGAAUCGCGGCCACUACAUCAGUCUGGUCAAGUCCGAUGGCAUUUGGCUCCUAUUCGAUGACGAAUAUGUCGAUAAAAUUGAUCCUGCAAACAUCCGUGACUUCUUUGGGACCACCUCAGAGGCUUCAAAAACCUCCGAUUCGGCGUACAUUCUCUUCUAUCAGGCCUGUGACUUCUCUCAUUCUGCAAGCACUCAAUCGGGCGCUACUGUACAGUCACCGCCUCCGCAGUCGCCUCCACCGUCGUCACAGUCAUUAUAUACCGCUGACUCGGUCCGAUGA